AUGAAAAAAGAUGAAUCAGAAACUGAUAAAUCGGAAAUCAUUUUACCAAUUCGAACUUCAUUCUCAUGGAAAUCAUCAAUUUACCCUCCAAGUGAUUUACACAUAUGGUCUUCAACUUUUUCAAAAACCAUGAAGUUCGAAAUCAAUCCGGACCCACCACCCAGAUUAAUGAUACUUUUAAUACCAGGAAACCCAGGUUUAUGUGAAUUUUAUGAUAGGUUUUUGAAUAGAUUAUAUCAAAACCUUGAAUCAAAUCAAAUUUCGAAUCAAAUUAUAUGUGUUGGACAUCUUGGACUCUCAUUAAAAUAUUUUAAUCAAGAUAAAAGGUAUCUUAGAAACCUUCAAAGGUUGUUUUUCAAUACUAAAAGAUGUCAACAGUUUGCUGAAUUAGAUGAUCAGAUUGAGUUUCAUGAAGGAUUUGUUGAAAUGAUUUCUCAUACUCUUGAUCCUGAGAAAACUAAAUUAAUCUUGAUCGGACAUAGUGUAGGAGGACAUAUAGCUAACAAGGAAAAGAUGACGAUCUUUUGGAGUGAAGAAGAUCAAGAUUGGUGGAUCCCUAAACCUGAAAUCGAUCGAAUCAUCAAAUUACUAGAAUCGACAACUUAUCAGAACAACAGUGAAGUUGGAGUUCAAGAAGAGGUAAAAAAGAAUUUGAAGAAUGUACCACGAUGGGAACGUUCGAAUAAUAAUAUACCUCACGCGUUUUGCUUGGAACACGGUGAAAGGAUGGCUGACAAAUGUGCUUCUUGGAUCAAAACUUUAUUAUCCGAAUCAUAG